AUGACUCCUCCCACCGCUUCCUUCGUCAACCCUGCCGUCGCUGAGCCCCAGCUGGGCAGCUUCAAGCCUACCAAGGGCAGCUUCCACCCCUCGUCGACCGCCACCCCGACCUACGAGCAGUAUGUCCCCAUCAAGACUGGCCAGGAGCCCAUCGAGGACUUUGCCGGCAACUACCGAUUCGCCGAGAUCAAGGAGUCGCACACCUCCCGUGCCAUGACUGCCCGCUACAUGACCGACAUGAUGGACGCCGCCGUUUCCGACGUCGUCAUCAUCGGUGCCGGUUCCGCCGGUCUCACCUGCGCCUACACUCUGGCCAAGCAGCGUCCCGACCUUCGCAUCACCAUCCUCGAGGCUUCCGUCGCUCCCGGUGGCGGUGCCUGGCUGGGUGGUCAGCUCAUGAGCGGAAUGGUCAUUCGAAAGCCCGCACACAACCUGCUCGUCGAGAUCGGCGUCCCCUUUGACGACGAGGGUAGCUACGUCGUCGUCAAGCACGCCGCGCUCUUCACGUCGACCUUGAUGAGCAAGCUGCUACUCAUGCCCAACGUCAAGCUCUUCAACGCCACCUGCUGCGAGGACUUGAUCAUCAAGAAGGACCAGUCGGGCGCACAGAGGAUCAACGGUGUCGUCACCAACUGGACUCUUGUCACCAUGGCCCACGGUCUCCAGUCUUGCAUGGACCCUCAGACCAUCACCGCGCCCGUCGUCAUCGGCGCCUGUGGCCACGACGGUCCCUUUGGCGCCUUCAGCGUCAAGCGUCUCAGCUCGGCCGGUCUCAUCAAGCUCGGCGACAUGCGUCCCAUGGACAUGAACAAGUCCGAAGGCCUGAUCGUCAACAACACGCGCGAAGUCUUCCCCGGCCUCAUCGUCUCCGGCAUGGAGCUUUCGGAGCACGACGGACACCCGCGCAUGGGCGCCUCCUUCGGCGGCAUGAUCGGCUCCGGUCAAAAGGCCGCCUACGAAGCCAUCAAGCUAUACGACAGUCUCGAAGUCGAGGAUGGCGAGGUUGUCGGUCUCAAACACUGA